GCGCUCAGUCGACAAGGAGGCACGGAAUGAUCGGCCGCAGUGAGAACACACCCAGGUGACUCAACCUCUCCUCAUGGUCUAACCUCCUCACCUCUGGAAGUAACCCAGUGAUUCUCCUCUGCACUGCCUCCAAAGCCAGUAUAUCCUUCCUCAAGUAUGGGGACCAGAACUGCACGCAGAACUCCAGCAGUUUGAUCGUAGCAAGACUGCUCAAGCACGUGGACGUCAGCCAGUGAGAAGAGUCGCAGCAGGAGGAGGAGCGAGGGGCUCGGGAGAGCGCUGAGUACUGGGAAGCAGCUGAGGUUUGAAGUAGCAGAAAAUUUGUGUAUGAGAGUCCCAAACACAACAACACAUCAGUUUUGCUGACUCUGUCCAGAUAUUUAAGGAGUGACCAGAUAUUUCCUUGCAAAACUGAUAUAUCAGUUGUCGAUCCUUGGAGAUGAAGAAGUAUCUCAUUCCAGCUGGAAAUGUACUUUGUGUCUGAAAUGUAGUUCUCUGUUAUUCAUUAGAGAUCAGUUCUUCAACUGCAUUGAUUGUGCGAGGCAUUAAAGACGUCUGACACCUGACUUCCUGAAUUGCCCGAAAAUUGAUCACAGUGAGGUAUCAUUCUCCUUCUCUGUGUGGGAAGAGAGUUACUCGAAGCCUGCCAGCAGACACACCAGUGAGUUCACAGUGGGGAAAGGCCAUUCACCUGCUCUGUAUGGGAGGUGAUCUUCUUAAUCAUCCAGUCUGAAGAUACAUCAGCAAGUUCACCCCAUAGUGAGAUGCUCCACCUGUUCUGACUGGGAAGCAAUUCAUUCUUUCAUCAAUGCUAAUGAUACUAGAAAAUCCACCAGUGAGAGAAUAUUAACCUGCUCAGACUGGUGAGAGGCCAUUCACCUGCUCUGAAUGUGGAAAAGGAUUAACUCCGUAAUCUCAACUGAACAAACGUGUACAUAUUCACUCCGACAAGAUGCCUUUCACCUGCUCAGACUGUGGGAAGGAAUUCACUCGGUCAUCUGACCUCAAAGUACAUCAGCGAGUUCACACUGGGGAGAAACCGUUCACCUGCUCAGACUGUGGGAAGGAAUUCACUCGGUCAUCUGACCUCAAAGUACAUCAGCGAGUUCACACUGGGGAGAAACCGUUCACUUGCUCAGACUGCGAGAAGGCAUUCGCUCGGUCAUCGCAACUGAAUGCACAUCAGCGAGUUCACACUGGGGAGAGGCUGUUCACCUGUUCUGAAUGUGGGAAGGCAUUCACAGACUCACAUGCACUACAGAGACACCGUCGUGUUCACACCGGGGAGAAGCCAUUCACCUGCUCAGACUGUGGAAAGGCUUUCACACACUCAUCCACACUACAAAGACAUUAUCGAGCUCACACAGGGGAGAGGCCAUUUACCUGCUCUGAAUGUGGGAAAGGAUUCACUCAGUCAUUCCAAAUGAAGGAGCAUCAACGAGUUCACACUGGGGAGAAACCGUUCACCUGCUCAGACUGUGGGAAGGAAUUCACUCGGUCAUCGGACCUGAAAGUACAUCAGCGAGUUCACACUGGGGAGAAACCAUUCACCUGCUCUGUAUGUGGGAAGGGGUUCACUCGGUCAUCUCACCUACUGGUACACCAGUUGGUUCACUCUGGUGAGAGGCCGUUCACCUGCUCAGACUGUGGGAAGGGAUUCACUCACUCAUCCACACUAAGGAAACAUCAGUUAGUUCACACUGGGGAGAGGCCAUUCACCUGCUCUGAAUGUGGGAAGGGAUUCACUCGGUCAUCUCACCUACUGACACACCAGUUAGUUCACACAGGGGAGAGGCCAUUCACCUGUUCUGUAUGUGGGAAGGGUUUCACGCUCUCAUCUACGCUACAGAGACACCAGCGAGUUCACACUGGGGAGAGGCCAUACACGUGUUCUGAAUGUGGGAAGGCAUUCACUCAAUCAUCCAGCCUUUUGUCUCACUACAGAGUCCACACUGGAAAGAGGCCCUUCACCCACUCUGAAUGAAAUGAUUCACUCAGUCAUCCUCCCCUGUGUCACACCACUGAGUUCACUUUGGGGAGAGACCCUUCACAUGCUCGAAAUGUGGGAAGGGAUUCACUCAGUCAUCGGAACGCGUCACUUCCCAAGCUUUGACCAGAUGCCAGUCACGGAUCAGAAUCUCUUCGAGGUUUCAGCGAAGAGAGGCUUCAGUUAGAGAAGACAAAAAAAAAAUCUGUAGGUGAAGCUUUAUUCCCCUUCCCCCUUUACAUUUGCUCAGUUAGAACAGUAGAAAUUCCAGGCAGGACAGUGGGAUGCACCCAGAUGGUAUGUUGCCUCCUGGAUACCAGGCUCUGGGACAUCUUGGAUUGAAUCCACAGAAUUCUUAACUGGGAAGGUGAAUAGCCAAAGGUCAUGGUGCAUGCUGGUACUGAUGACAUGGGUAGGUUGAGUGAUGAGGUUCUGCAAAGGCAGUUAGGUGCUAAGGUUUAGGGCAGGACCUCUGGGGUUGGGAGCUCUGGAUUGCUACCUGUGCCACAUGCCAGUGUGGCCAUAUAGGAAGAUUACACUGUUAAUCAUGUGGCUAAGGAGUUGGUGUAGGAAUGAGGGCAUAACAUUUUAGGAUCAUUGGAGCUUGUGAAGUUUAGGAUGUGUGCAGCAGUGAGUGCAUUGGGGGAAGGGGCAAUCAGUGAUGGGCACACACUAACAUACAGUUAUGAAGUGGAGGGGAGAGAAGGGAGAAGGGGAUUGAGGGGAAGGAGGUAGGGCUCCCACACGGUUCCAGACACACCCUUCCCUUCUGGAUUUGGUCCCAUUUCCCCCCCCCCUCCCAGGCUGUGGGUGAGCAUUGAGAUGCCAUGCCUAGAACAAAAUGAAUCGUUCAAUAGUAGUGUAUAUGGUUGAUGAUGUACUUUGAUAAGAAAUUUACUUUGAAAUGUAUUGUUUGAAAGCAUGUACCAAUGCAAAAUAAUUUCAAUGGACAUCUAAGAUUGGAAAACAAAUUGGUGAUGGGCCCCACUGCCCCGUGCCAGCCAAGAACUCCCAUCUUAGUCUGUCCCAUCUGCCUGUGCUUAAUUCAGCCCCCCAUAAACCAUAGCGCUGUGUGUCGCUGUCCCAUUAUCUUCUAUUUUCCCUCUUCACUCCAUUCUGGGGGGUGGGAACCAAACUGAAGUGAUGGAGGAAAGGGAGGUUAGCUCACAUAUAGAGGAAGCUUGGAGACAGUGCAAUAGGGAGGUUAGGCAGGUGACAGAGAAGGGACACACUCAAACCGAUGGUUUAAGGUGUGUCUAUUUUAAUGCAAGGAGUAUUGUGAAUAAAGUGUAUGAACUUAGAGUGUGGAUCAAAACUUGGAGCUAUAAUGUUGUGUCUGUUGCAGAGACUUGGAUGGUGCAGGGGCAGGAAUGGCUACUUCAAAUGUCAGGCUUUAGAUGUUUCAGAAAGGACAGGGAGCAAGGCAAAAGAGGUGGGGACAUGGCACUGUUGAUCAGAGAUAGUGUCACACAGAAAAGGAGGAAGACAUGGAGGGGUUGUCCACGGAGUCUCUGUGGAUGGAAGUUAGGAAUAAGAAAGGGUCAAUAACUACUGGGUGUUUUUUAAAGACCAUCCAAUAGUAACAGGGGAAUCAAGGAGCAGAAAGGGAGACAGAUUCUGGAAAGGAGUAAUGAUUACAAGGUGGUUGUGGUAGGAGAUUUUAAUUUCCCAAAUAUUGAUUGGCCUAUAAGAGGAGAGGCUGUACUUGAUCUGGUAUUGGGAAAGAAGCUGGUCAGGUGUCAGAUCUCUCAGUGGAAGAGCAUUUUGGAGAUAGUGAUCACAAUUCUAUCUCCUUUACCACAGCAUUGGAGAGGGAUAGGAACAGAAAAAUUAGGGAAAUGUUUAAUUGGAGUAAGGAAAAUUAUGAGGUAUCAGGCAGGAAGUUGGAAGCAUAAAAUGGAAACAGAUGUUCUCAGGGAAACGUAUGGAAGAAAUGUGGCAAAUGUUCAGGGGAUAUUUGCAUGGGGUUCUGCGUAGAUGUGUUCCAAUGGGAUGGAAAUGAUGGUAGGGUACAGGAACUGUGGUUUACAAAGGCUAAAUCUAGUCAAGAAGAUGAGAAGAACUUAUGAAAGGUUCAAAAAACUAGGAUGGUAGGAAUCUAGAAGAUUAUAAGGCUAGCAGGAAGGAGCUUAAGAAUGAAAUUAAGAGAGCCAGAAGGGGCCAUGUGAGGGCCUUGGCAGACAGUAUUAAGGAGAACGCCAAGGCGUUCUACAAAUAUGUGAAGAGCAAGAGGAUAAGACAUGAGAGAAUAGGACCAAUCAAGUGUGACAGUGGAAGUGUUUAUGGAACCAGAAAAGAUGGCAGAGACACUUAAUGAGUACUUUGUUUCAGUAUUCAUUACGGAAAAGGAUUGCACGGAUGAUUGGAAAGCAUCAAGUUGGAUAAGUCACCGGGGACCGGACGGGUUGUACCCCAGGCUAUUGUGUGAAGUGAGGGAGGAGAUUGUGAGCCUCUGCCGAUGAUUGCAUUAUCAAUGAGGAUGGCAGAGGUACAGGAGGAUUGGAGUGUUGCAGAUGUUCUUCCCUUAUUCAAGCAAGGUAGUAGGGAUAGCCCAGGAAGUUAUAGACCAGGGAGUCUUACUUCAGUGGUUGGUAAGUUGAUGGUGAAGAUCCUGAGAGGCAGGAUUUAUGAACAAUUGAAGAGGCAUAAUAUGAUUCAGAAUCACCAGCAUGGCUUUGUCAAAGGCAGGUUGUGCCUUACGAGCCUGAUUGAAUUUUUUGAGGUUGUGACUAAACACGUUGGUGAAAGCAGAGCUGUAGAUGUAGGGUAUAUGGAUUUUAGCAAGGCAUUUGAUAAGGUACCCCAUGCACGGCUUAUUGAGAAAGUAAGGCAAGGGAUCCAAGGGGACAAUACUUUGUGGGUCCAGAAUUGGCUUGUCCACACAAGCCAAAGAGUGCUUGUAGAUGGAUCAUAUUCUGCAGGUGACCAGUGGUGUGCCUCCAGGAUCUGUUCUAGGACGCCUACUCUUCCUGACUUUUAUAAAUGACCUGGAUGAGGAAGUGGAGGGAUGGGUUAGUAAGUUUGCUGAUGACACAAAGGUUGAGGGAGUUGUCGAUAUUGUGGAGGGCUGUGGUUACAGCGGACAUUGAUAGGAUGCAAAAGUGGGCUGAGAAGUGGCAGAUGGAGUUCAACCCAGAUAAGUGUGAGGUGGUUCAUUUUGGUAGGUAAAAUAUGAUGGCAGAGUAUAGCAUUAUAGGCAAGACUCUUGGUAGUGUGGAGGAUCAGCAGGAUCUUGGGGUCCGAAUACAUAGGACACUCAAAACUACUACGCAGGUUGACUCUGUGGUUAAGAAGGCAUAUGGUGCAUUGGCCUUCAUCAAUUGCAGGAUUGAAUUUAAGAGCCAAGAGGUAAUGUCACAGUUACAUAGGAUAAUGGUCAGACACUACUUGGAGUACUGUGCUCAGUUCUUGUCACCUCACUACAUGAAGGAUGUGGAAACCAUCAAAAGAGUGCAGAAGAGAUUUACAAGGAUGUUGCCUGGAUUGGGGAGCUUGCCUUAUGAGAAUAGGUUGAGUGAACUUGGUCUUUUCUCCUUGGAGCGACAGAGUAUGAGAGGUGACCUGAUAGAGGUGUGCAAGAGGCAUUGAUCGUGUGGAUAGUCAGAGGCUUUUUCACAGGGCUGAAAUGGGUAGCACCAGAGGGCAUAGUUUUCAGGUGCUUGGAAGUAGGUAAAGAAGAGAUGUCAUGGGUUUUUUCAUGCAGAGGGGUGAGAGUGUGGAAUGGGCUGCCGGCGGCGGUGGUGGAGGCAGAAAUGAAAGGGUCUUUUAAGAGACUCCUGGAUGGUUACCUGGAGCUUAGGAAAAUAGAGUAGCCUAGGUAGUUCUAAAGACAUGUUAAGCACAGCUUUGUGGGCCAAAGGGCCUGUGUUAUGCUGUAUGUUUUCUAUGUUUAAUUCUCCUUUCUUCUCCCCAAAGCUUUUGACACCUUUCCUAAUCAAGUGCCGAACAACCUCUGUUUUAAAUAUACCUAUUGACUUGAUCUCUGAGCUGUCUGUGGCAAUGAGUCCCGCAGGUGCACCACCCUCUGGCUAAAGAAAUUCCUCUCCUCAUCUCUCUAAAUGUAUACUCUGAUAUUAGACACCUGGGAAUAAAAUUGCGAACUAUCUA